AUGGAGGAAGUUGAGAGACUCUUCCCGACUGGCUCACUCUCAGUAAUCGCACCCCAUCCAACAAAGACACCAGCAGAAGCAGACCCGACUCCGAAUCCGACUAGUGGCGGGUCCAACAAUGGGAAUACUGGAGGUGCGGGGCCGAUCAAAGACACGGAGGUGGACCAAUUCAACCCCCAGCACUUACUCCUCCCGCUCUCGAAUAUAUCGAAACUCAUGAAAGCAUCGGUCCCGCUAGACUCUAAGAUCUCCAACCCUUCCAAAAUCCUGAUUCAGGCGUGUGUCUCCGAGUUCAUUAGCUUCCUUAGCUCGGACGCUAACGAACAAGUCUUGGCUGAGAAACGAAGAACUCUCAACGGCGUCGACUUAAUAUGUGCCGUCAAACGAUUAGGCUUUGAAGGCUAUUACGAGGCCCUAGAGAUCUACCUUGCCAAAUACAGAACUGUCGCAAAUGAGGCCGGGAAAAGACACAGAAGACCCCGAGCUGACGACGAUCAAGAAACCGAGGAGGGCGCGAGACCUCUUAAACGUGUCAAGCUUGGUGCCGUCGCUGAUCAAACAACGCAACCGCAGGAAAUCGGAGAGGAUCUGGAGGAAGACCAAGACGGUGAAGAUGCAAACCAAACCUGA